AUGAAGAAGGUCAUGGGUCUGGUGAGUCCAGAUUUACCUGUCCAGAGUGAUGGACGCAUCAUGGUAAGAAGAGAGGCAGGUCUGGAUCCUUCUCCUUCCACAUCAGCACCAGAAAGAGAAAGAGCCCCUCCCACUAAAAGACCUGUGGCUCCCCGCCCUUCGUGCUCCUCAACUUCCUCUAGGCGGUUGAAGCAACAUAUGGAGGAAGAACAGGAUCCAACCUCUGCUGCUGCCACACUGCGCCUCCUCAGAGAGAAGGUCCAGCUUCCUCCAGAAUCUUGCAGCAGCAGCUCCUCUGGUCCAUCUUCAUCUCGUUCCAGUUCAGAGCAGAAGCCUGUUGAAGCUCCAGUGGUUUCAUUUGGUUUAGACCUGUACUACUGGGGCCAGGAGCAGCCCAACGCUGGCAAGAUCUUCAAGUCAGCCUCUCAGCAUCAGUUUUGGGUUCCUGCAGAGGUAGAGGAGGAGGUGGAGAACGACGAUCUGUUGGCAGCGAGCAGGAGCAGAUACAUCUCCUUCCCUGGGCGCUUUGUCCCUGUCAGCCAUUUCUGCAGAGCACCACUUGGAAACGGCAAGCUGUGUCAGCGACAGGACAGAGUGAAGUGUCCUUUCCACGGCCGUAUCAUCCCCCGAAACCACGAGGGUCAACCAAUCAGAGAGGAGGACAAGCAGAGGGAGGAGCAGGCGGAGAGGAAGAGGAGGGAACAGCAGCCUGACUGGCAUGAUGCGGAGCUUAUGAGAGAUAUUGAAGCUGCAACUGGGGAGGACCUUGGUUCUGAUCGGGUGUCUGGGAAGAAAGGGAAGGGGAAGAAGAAGAAGUAUCCCAACUUGAGUGAUCUGAAGCAGAGCAGCAACACAGCACGCUCCAGGCUGGAGAAGAAGGUUUUCAACAAGAGCGCUGUACGCAGAGUGGCUCAAGUGAUGAGUAAAGCGGACCAGAGAAAACACGACAAGUUCUCCAACCAGUUUAACUACGCCCUGCACUGACCUUCAUGUCUGAUGUUUGGUGAAACUCUUUAGUCCCCACCAGAUGUGUUCCAGAUGUUUGGAGCAGGUUUUAGUCAGCUGAAGCAGUCAUUCUCUAUCCAGAACCAUCGGAGGAAUUCAUCUGAUCUGGUUUUCAGAUUAAGGAAGAUUACCAGCACCAUUUUCUUUUACUUUUAGUAGCAGCUGAUUUGACAAAACGGCAAAAGGCUUUAUUGAGAUGGGAUUUAAUAUUAUUUUUUUAUUUGUGGGUGGUGGCUGUGGAUUUGUGUUUAGAGCAGCUAAUGAGAGUCGGAAGUUCAAUUCCAUCAAUAUGCAGUCACUUGUUGAAGUGUCCCUGCGUAAGACACUGAA